AUAGAAUUAUAGACAAUAUGUCAGAAAGUAAGGUUCAAGAACUAAUUGAAAUUGUUCAGAAUUCACUUGAAGAGGACCCUAGAACCGUAAGAUUGGGAAUGAGGGAUAUUCGCGAAAUUCCGCUUGAAUUGAUUAAUCUGACAACUUCAAAUAAUUAUAAAAUUGAAAGACUUGGGCUUGAAACAAAUCAUUUGUCAACACUUCCCACAGAAAUUUGUAACUUAACAUAUUUAAGAUAUCUAAAUGUUUCUAGUAAUGAGUUUAAAACAUUUCCUGAGGCG